AUGUCAGUUGCAACAAGUCACAAUGGCUCAAGACUAGAUGAUAAAGCAUCUAAAGAAAAUAAUAUAGUCAUGCCACGAAUUCCAGACACUCCACCUGAUUCAAUAGGUCAUAUUCGAGAGAUGUCUCAGUUAAAGAACUAUGAUAUAAUUGAAAAAUUGGGUCAAGGUACUUUUGGGGUAGUUCAAAAAGCCAAACGAAAAAGCGAUGGUUCCAUCGUGGCAAUUAAACAAUUACUAAAUCAUUCUGCAAAAGAAGGUUUUCCUAUAACAGCUAUGAGAGAAAUCACUAUUUUAAAACGAUUAAGUCACGACAAUAUACUUAGCAUACUGGAUAUGAUUUUUGAAGAAGCAAAAGUAAAUAACAAUGCAGAAAUAAUUCAAAACAGAGGUUCAUUUUAUACUGUCUCUCCAUAUAUGUCAAGUGAUUUGGUUGGUUUACUUGAAAAUCCUAAUAUCAAACUAGAGUUGAAUCAGAUAAAAUGUAUUAUGCAACAACUAUUUACUGGUAUACAAUAUAUUCAUGAUAAUAACUAUCUACAUCGAGACAUUAAAGCAGCAAACAUUUUGAUUGAUCAAUAUGGGAUUUUAAAAAUAGCUGACUUUGGAUUAGCAAGGGUAUAUCAUGGAUCAGCUCCUCGAUUAGGAAUGGGUCCUGGCGGAGGUGAAAAAUCCUAUACUGGUUUAGUUGUUACUCGAUGGUAUCGUCCACCAGAAAUCUUAUUGGGAGAACGAAAAUAUACUACUGCAGUAGAUAUUUGGGGGGUAGGAUGUGUAUUUGCUGAAUUAUUUACAGGGAAACCAAUUUUAGUUGGUAAGACUGAUGCAGACCAAGCCAAAAUUGUUUUUGAGUUAAUGGGUUCCCCAUUAACCUGGCCCGAUGCGGCUAAAUUGCCACACAAAUCAGAAUACAACAGUGGUUUGGCUUGCACAAGAACUUUGGAAUCGAGGUUCGAGAAAAUUAUACCUGCAGAUGGUAUCAAGUUAUUGGCUGGAUUGUUAACUUUAGAUCCUUAUAAGAGAUUUAAUGCGUUAGAUGCCUUGAACCACGAGUUUUUCAAGAAUGAUCCUGUUCCAUUGUUGCCUAAGGAAAUGCCCAAAUUUGAAGAAAGUCAUGAAAUCGAUAAAGAAAGGUUUAAAAAGAUGAAGGACCGUACUUGUCCAGUUAGUGAGUUGAAACCUCCAACUGAAAUUCAGUAUGAUAAUCGCACAGAAUCCCAGCACAACACUGUGUACUCCAGUUUUGGCGGCGAUAGAGAUACUCGUUACACAUCAGGUAAGAGUGAAUACAAUUAUGCAGGUAGACUGCGUUAUGAACAAUAUGAAUCCGGAAGGCUGCGCCACGAACAAUUUGAUACUUAUAUCCCAAAGGGACCAGGUGAUCACAGACAUCAUCAAGAUAACCAAGAUUUUAGAGGUCGUAAUGACUACUAUGACAGGAAUGACAAUAUUCGAACGGACCGCGAUCGUGACUUUGAUCGUGACUUUGACCGUGAUUAUGGUCGCCAUGAUAGAUGGGAAUCUCGAGAUAAUUGGUCAAGACAGUAUCGCGAUAGCAGCUAUAAAGAUCAUCAUGCGUCAGCAUCAAGUGUUAAUAAAAUUAGAGAAUCAGGUGAUCACUUCUAUGGAAAAUAUGAAAACUACAGUAAAUAUAAUGACAGGUCUAAACCAGAGUCACUGCAAUUGCCGUUGUCAAAGAGUGUUCCUAGUUUACCGUCCAAGCCAGACAUCCCUUCCAGUUUUGGAGCACGUUCAUCAUUUAAUUCAAAAUUAUCGUCGGCUAAUGCCAUUAAGAUUGUUCCAAGAGAUGAUAGACGAGUGAAAUUGGGCGGUGUCACAAUCCGAGAACCAGCCCGUGACCCGAUGGAUAAUCAAAAGGAGAAUGUUGAAACCAAGGAAGAUGGAAAGAAAAUGGACAAAUCAUCUGAAUCAGUUAAUGGUAAACAAUUUCCAACGGGACCUUCGGGUCAUAAGACACCUAUGGAAAAAGUAGACCCUCCUAAAGAAACUGCUCAAGAAGAAAUUAUCAAAGCGGAAAAGACUAUCACCAAGGAAGAAUCCAAUAAGAAAGAAGAGCUUGUGAAAAAGGAUGAGACAACAAAUAAAGAAGAACUUUUAAAAAAGGAUGAUGUCAAAGAGAAAGUGGAACCUGUUAAAGUAUCUGAACCUACGCCAGUAAAGUCCGGUGAACCUGCUAAAAUUCCUUCAAAACUUGAUACUUUAAGAAGCACCAAAGUGGGUCUGAUAAACUUAGCUAUGCCUAAAACCAAAAGAGCAACAGCAAUUGUAGCUUCCAAACGAACAAAGACAAUAUCGCCAUCUCCGUCGAGAGUUGUUAAGAGAGGUGCUGAAGCUUUAGCGUCAUCGAGACCCGUCAAGAAAGCCAAGGAACUGAAAAGAAAUUCUAUUCUCAAUAUAAUUUCCGAUUCUGAUAUCAGUGAUGUUGAAGAAAGUGCUGAUUUUCAAGGAGAUAAUGAAAGAGUCUUUAAUGAUUUUGUCAAUCCUGGAAGUAUGAUGACAGACCCUCAAUUGAAACCAAUUCUCCGAGAAAAGUUUCUCUUCAAUAAAAGUAAUAAAAGUACGUAG